GUGAACUAAAGGAGCGCCAACCAAGCUACACCAUUAGGCAAUAUGUUUCCUUACACGGUUUUCAUUCUUCAACAAGUCAAGCUCUCUCUAGACGACCCUGACUCAUCUCUCUCUUCCUGGAACUCCAACGAUGAUUCUCCUUGUCGGUGGUCCGGCGUUUCUUGCGCCGGUGAUUUCUCCUCCGUCACUUCCGUUGACCUUUCCAGUGCUAAUCUCGCCGGACCUUUUCCUUCCGUCAUUUGUCGUCUCUCUAAUCUGGCUCAUCUCUCCUUGUACAAUAACUCCAUCAACUCUACGCUUCCUCUCAACAUCGCUGCUUGUAAGAGUCUUCAAACUCUCGAUCUCUCUCAGAAUCUCCUCACCGGUGAGCUUCCACAAACUCUUGCCGAUAUUCCGUCCUUGGUGCACUUAGAUUUGACCGGUAACAACUUUUCCGGUGACAUUCCGGCGAGUUUCGGCAAAUUUGAAAACCUUGAAGUUCUCUCUCUUGUCUACAAUCUCUUAGACGGCACGAUUCCUCCGUUUCUCGGCAACAUCAGCUCCUUGAAGAUGCUGAAUCUUUCGUAUAACCCGUUUAGUCCGAGUCGGAUCCCGCCGGAGCUCGGAAACUUGACGAAUCUCGAGGUUAUGUGGCUCACUGAGUGUCAUUUAGUCGGACAGAUCCCUGACUCGCUGGGUCAACUCAGCAAACUCGUUGAUUUAGACCUUGCGCUUAACGACCUUAUAGGUCAUAUUCCUCCUUCGCUCGGUGGUUUGACUAACGUUGUUCAGAUUGAGCUAUACAACAACUCGUUGACCGGAGAGAUUCCACCGGAGCUCGGGAAUUUGAAGUCGUUGAGACUUCUCGACGCGUCGAUGAAUCAGUUAACCGGAAAAAUACCAGACGAGCUUUGCCGUGUGCCGUUGGAGAGUUUGAAUCUCUACGAGAACAAUCUAGAAGGUGAACUUCCGGCGAGUAUAGCGUUAUCUCCGAACUUGUACGAGCUAAGGAUCUUCGGAAACCGGUUAACCGGCGAAUUACCAAAAGACCUCGGGAAAAACUCGCCGUUGAGAUGGUUGGAUGUUUCGGAAAACGAAUUUUCCGGCGAGUUACCGGCGGAUCUGUGUGCGAAAGGGGAGCUAGAGGAGUUGUUGAUUAUACACAACUCUUUCUCCGGCGCUAUACCGGAGAGUUUCAGCGAUUGCAAGAGCUUGACACGUAUCCGGUUAGCGUAUAACCGGUUUUCCGGUUCAGUUCCUACCGGUUUCUGGGGAUUGCCUCAUGUUAACUUGCUUGAGCUCGUCAACAACUCGUUUUCCGGUGAGAUUUCAAAGUCCAUUGGAGGUGCAUCAAAUCUCUCGCUGUUGAUUCUCUCCAACAAUGAAUUCACCGGAUCGUUGCCGGAGGAAAUUGGGUCGUUGGACAAUCUUAAUCAGUUGUCGGCAAGUGGAAACAAGUUCAGUGGCUCGUUGCCUGAUAGCUUGAUGAAGCUUGGGGAAUUAGGUACUCUUGAUCUUCAUGGUAAUCAGUUUUCAGGGGAGUUAACUCCUGGAAUCAAAUCUUGGAAGAAGCUAAACGAGUUAAACUUAGCCGAUAACGAAUUUUCGGGUAAAAUUCCUGAUGAAAUCGGGAGUUUGUCAGUCUUGAACUAUCUUGAUUUGUCUGGUAACAUGUUUCUCUGGCAAAAUCCCGGUUUCUUUGCAGAGUUUGAAGCUAAACCAGCUGAAUCUGUCGGAUUGUGUGGCUCUGAGAGUGAAGCUAAGAAGAGAGGCUAUGUAUGGCUUCUUAGAUCGAUUUUCGUACUUGCUGCGAUGGUGUUUGUUGCUGGUGUUGCUUGGUUCUACUUCAAGUACAGGACUUUCAAGAAAGCAAGAGCUAUGGAAAGAUCUAAGUGGACUCUAAUGUCGUUCCACAAACUCGGGUUCAGUGAGCACGAGAUUCUCGAAAGCUUGGAUGAAGACAAUGUGAUUGGAGCUGGAGCUUCGGGUAAAGUGUACAAGGUUGUACUCACCAAUGGAGAAACUGUUGCGGUUAAGCGUUUAUGGACAGGUUCUGUUAAGGAAACUGGAGAUUGUGAUCCAGAGAAAGGUAACAAACCUGGAGUUCAAGAUGAGGCCUUUGAAGCUGAAGUUGAGACAUUGGGUAAGAUUAGGCAUAAGAACAUUGUGAAGCUUUGGUGCUGUUGUUCCACAAGAGACUGCAAGCUCUUGGUUUACGAGUACAUGCCUAAUGGUAGCUUGGGAGAUUUGCUUCAUAGCAGUAAAGGAGGAAUGUUGGGAUGGCAAACAAGGUUUAAGAUUAUCUUAGAUGCGGCUGAGGGGCUUUCGUAUCUUCACCAUGAUUGUGUUCCUCCGAUUGUGCAUAGAGAUAUUAAGUCAAACAAUAUUUUAAUCGAUGGCGAUUAUGGUGCAAGAGUUGCUGAUUUUGGCGUGGCUAAAGCAGUCGACUUGACCGGAAAAGCUCCUAAGUCGAUGUCAGUGAUUGCCGGUUCAUGUGGUUAUAUCGCACCAGAAUACGCAUACACGCUUCGUGUGAACGAGAAAAGCGACAUCUACAGUUUCGGGGUAGUGAUCCUCGAGAUAGUAACUAGGAAACGCCCGGUUGAUCCAGAACUUGGGGAAAAGGAUUUGGUGAAAUGGGUUUGCACUACAUUGGACCAAAAAGGCAUAGACCAUGUGAUAGACCCGAAACUCGACUCUUGUUUCAAAGAUGAGAUAAGCAAAAUCCUUAACGUUGGACUCCUCUGCACAAGUCCGUUGCCCAUUAACCGACCUUCCAUGAGGCGUGUGGUUAAGAUGUUGCAAGAAAUUGGCGGUGGAGACGAGGACAGCUUACACAAGACAAGAGACGAUAAGGAUGGCAAAUUAACACCUUAUUACAACGAAGAAACCUCAGACCAAGGAAGUGUAGCUUGAGACACAAAUGAAGAAAAAAAAAAGUGUUUUUGCCCAAAAAAGCUCUCUCAAUUUUUUGGUGCUUGAAGCUGUGAAUUAGGGCAUUGAAUCAAGAUUCUCUCCCUCCCUUUUUUAGGGUUUUGGUCUAAAACAGAGAAUCAGAGAUUGUUGAAUUUUUAUAAUAUAUAAAAGUUUCUAAUUCAGUGUUUCAGUUUCUCCACUGUAUAAAGCUAUAUUAGUAAACUCUGGUUUUGUAAGAGUUUUUAUUUUUAAUGAAUGCAAAUGAAGAAA